AUGGACGGUGAUCGCAAGCUCUCCAAUGUUGACCGGAGACUCUCCGUGGGCUCCACCGGUCUGGAGGGCGGCCGUAAGAUGUCCGUUCAGAAGAUCGAACAGUACAUUGAAGGCAAUGAGUCCUACUUCCACGUCGAUCCUCACUUUGACAAAGAAGCCGAGCUCAAGUUGAUCCGCAAGGUGGAUUGGAGGCUGUUGCCAAUCCUGGGAGCUUUGUAUGCCAUUGCGCUCAUCGACCGUGUCAAUAUCUCCAAUGCUCGUGUUGCUGGUAUGGACCAGGACUUGGGGCUGCGCAUUGGAGCACGGUACACCAUCGCGCUUGUCAUGUUCUUUCCUCCGUAUUUCCUCUUCGAGCUUCCAUCGAACAUCCUACUUCGCCGAGUUGGAAGCGCGAAUUGGCUUUCAUUCAUUGCAUUUUCAUGGGGUAUUGUUAUGAUUGGCCAGGGGUUUGUCAAGAGCUACAAGACUCUCGCCCUCUGUCGUUGGUUUCUCGGUACCUUUGAAGCUGGUUUCUUCCCCGGCUGCGUAUAUCUUGUCUCGUGUUGGUACGUGAGAUAUGAAGUGCAAAAGCGUCUCGCGGCUUUUUACCUCACUUCUUCACUCAUCGGCGGGUUCUCAAAUAUCCUGGCUUAUGGCCUUAUGCAAAUGGAAGGCGUAGCCGGCGUAAGAGGCUGGCAGUGGAUCUUUAUCAUCGAAGGCUUACUGACUGUAACUAUCGCGACUAUUGCCUGGUUCAUCAUCAUCGACUUCCCCGACAAGGCGGAAAGGAAGGGCUUCUUGAACCACGCAGAGGCCGCAUUCAUCGCCAGGCGAAUUGAGAAUGACAGAGGAGAUGCCAUUCCCGAUGGAUUGACGUGGGGCAAAUUCUUCAAACACCUUACAGAUUGGAAGCUUUGGACGUUCGCUUUGCUCUUCAUGUCCACUACAAUGCCAGCGUAUGCCUUUGCAUAUUUCACACCGGUUAUCAUCAGGGGUAUGGGCUACACCGCCGGUGUUGCCAAUCUCUUGUCCGCACCCCCGGUUGUCUUCGCUGUCAUCGUUGCGUUCAGCUUCGCAUGGCUAGCCGACCACUACCACCUACGCGCACCCAUCAUCGCAGCUCAAUCGACCAUCUGUCUCAUCGGGCUCAUGCUUACCGCGUACCAUAGAAACAACGGAGUCCGGUACUUUGGCAUCUUCCUUGGACAGGCCGGAUGUCAAGGAAACAUUCCCGCAAUCCUUGCCUACCAAUCGAACAACAUCCGUCUCCAGUCGAAGAGAUCCGUUGGAAGUGCUUUGCAGAUUGGGUUCGGAGCUAUUGGUGGCAUCAUUGCUUCGACCUCAUUCAGAGAGAAGGACGCCCCAAGAUACGUCAACGGCCUUUGGGCGACUGCUGGUCUUCAGCUCUUUAUCCUCUGCGCCUGCGCUUGCACUACAUUGUUCUUCUACAUCAGGAACAGGCAGCUGGACAGGGGUACUUUGAAGAAGCCGAUUGAGGGCCAGGAAGGAUUCAAGUACACCUAUUAG